CGCCACCAUUGACAUCUUACGCCCUACAGCAUAACAGUCAAAACAACGUGUAGAGCGCUUGAUAUAUUGAUGCUCGUAUGUCGGCCUUGAAUAUUCAGUAGACAAAUUCUGCCUUGGAACCAGCAACCACUAGCCAAUCCACCAUGUAUCUUCGAGCCGUUCAUGCAGAGAAAGACAUUGCUAGACUACAGCAAUUCAUACGCGCCAACUCGCUAGGCAUCUUUACCACAGCCAUUGACUCCAAGUCGUUUCCUUUUCUUCAAUCGAGUCACAUUCCUUUCGUUUUGGAUAUCGAAAACACAGCAGAUCAGGUCCAUCUUGGCGUUCUCCGUGGACAUAUCGCUCGAGCGAAUCCGCAAGCUAAAGCUCUGAUCGAACACAUCCAAUCUCAAAAUGAGGACGAGAAGAUCGACACAGUUCAGACUAUAUCACGCGAUGUUAUGAUCCUCUUUAACGGUCCUGCACACCACUAUGUCACACCCAAGUUCUACAAAGAGACAAAGCCAGCAAGCGGGAAAGUGGUUCCUACGUGGAAUUACUCAGCGGUACAAGUUUACGGUCGUGCUUCCGUGUUUUACGACACCAAAGCCGCCUCUACGGGUCAAUUCCUCGACAAACAGAUUAGGGACCUGUCCCAUCAGUCAGAAAGAGACAUCAUGGGCUACGAGAAGCCGUGGCAGGUGGAAGAUGCGCCUACUUCGUACAUCGACAUACUGAAGAAAGCGAUUAUCGGCAUCCAGAUCGAGAUAACGGAUAUUGGUGGCAAGUACAAAAUGAGUCAAGAGAUGGGUGCGGGUGAUCAGCAGGGUGUCAUAGAUGGUUUUAAGGCCCUGGGGUCGGAUGUUGGAGCUGAGAUAGCAAAGACUGUAGAGCAAAGGGGAAAACUCGGAAGCUCUUAGCUACAAUCUAUGAGAAGAGCUUUGAGAGUACCCGGAAUAAGAGCGUAUACUGCUGCACUUCGUGUUCUUGUACUUGUACUUAGGCAAUGUUCGUAGCCUCAUCAUCUAUACAGGAGUGGUCUGACUGGCU